AUGGCCGGAGGUCAUCUCCAAGUGCUCGGGGCACUCGACCUUGCCAAGACGCGGUGGUAUCACUUCACGGCCACCGUCAUUGCUGGCAUGGGCUUCUUCACCGACGCCUAUGAUCUCUUCUGCAUCUCCCUCGUCACGAAGCUCCUUGGCCGCAUCUAUUCCUUCGACCCCAAUCGCCCGGGACGCUCCCGCCCAACGUGGCUCGGCGACAAGCUCGGCCGCAAGAAGGUGUAUGGCAUGACGCUCAUGCUCAUGGUCAUCUGCUCCAUCAUCUGCCUCGGCUUUGGUAUCGGCGGCGACUACCUGCUCUCCGCCACCAUCAUGUCGGAGUACGCCAACAAGAAGACCCGUGGCGCCUUCAUCGCAGUCGUUUUCACUACGCAGGGCUUCGGCAUCCUCACAGGCGGAAUCGUCUCCAUCAUCAUCUCCGCCGCCUUCAAGGAGCGCUUCGACUAUCCGGCCUACAGGGACGACCGCGCCGGCUCGACCGUCCCGGAAGCCGACUACAUCUGGUGCACAACUCUCAUGCUGGGCGCCCUCCCGGUUGCCUUAACCUACUACUGGCGGAUGAAGAUGCCAGAGACCGCGCGAUACACUGCUCUUGUUGCCAAGAACGCGAAACGGGCGGCACCCGAAUGUCGAGGUAUUAUCCGACAGGCUCAAGCGUGCUCCCCACUUACCUCGGGAUCGAUCGGCCUCGUGUGCAGCCAGCGAGCUGCCUCGCUGCCUCGGUCACUCGGCCUCAUGCGCAGCAAGCAGCCCGCUGCCUCGGCCACUUGGCCACAUACGCAGCCAACGAGCUGCCUCGCUGCCUCGGUCACUCGACCUCAUGCGCAGCAAGCAGCCCGCUGCCUCGGCCACUUGGCCACAUGCGCAGCCAACACGCUGCCUCGCAGCCUCGGCCCUCGGCCACUCGGCCUCAUGCACAGCAAGCAGUCUCGCUGCCGCGGCCACUCGGCCUCGUGCGCAGCCAGCGAGCAGUCUCGCUGCCGCGGCCACUCGGCCUCGUGCGCAGCCGGCGAGCUGCCUCGCUGCCUCGGUCACUCGACCUCAUGCGCAGCAAGCAGCCCGCUGCCUCGGCCACUUGGCCACAUGUGCAGCCAACACGCUGCCUCGCAGCCUCGGCCCCUCGGCCCUCGGCCACUCGGCCUCAUGCACAGCAAGCAGCCCGCUGCCUCGGCUCCUCAGCCCCAUGCGCAGCAAGCAGCCUGA